UCAUUUUGUCGUCCGGACUGUACCUUAUACUGUAUCACCGUUUGCAUUUAGAAAAAAAAAUGUUUAAAUACGUUUAAUCACAUCAAGUAGGCUUUUCUUUUCUUUCAAAAGAAAUAUGCGAGAAAUUAUUAACUCAUGUGUAUUUCUAUUUCUGGUUCAAGCCAUCAGAAUAAAAGCGUCAGAUUGCCAAGAUGAUAAAAGUAUGGACUGUGCAAAACUAGACAAAUUGUUUGAUAUCUGUAAAGACAUACACGAUGCCAAACUCGUAUGCCGUAACUUCUGUAACUUAUGCAGUCUAGUUGAUGGUAAAUGGGCGGAUUGGUCGCACUGGUCAGAAUGUGACGUCACAUGCGGUAAUGGUAAACAUACCAGAGUCAGGACAUGUACAAAUCCAGCACCAUCCAACCAAGGUUUAGAAUGCAAUGGAAAAAAGACAGACGACAAGCCUUGUGCACGUCCAUCUUGCCCAGUUCAUGGAGGAUGGACAAAUUGGUCUAAUUGGAGUGCUUGUCCAGUAACAUGUGGAAUAGCAAUGCAAAAACGUCACAGAAAUUGUUCGAAUCCGUAUCCUUUGCGUUAUGGUGAUCAUUGUUUCGGAGAUGCACUUGAAUAUAGAAUUUGUGAUCAGAUGCUGUGUGAUGAUGGCGUUUGGGGAAAUUGGGAACAAUGGGGAACAUGUCUUCCUUCCUGUGACACUGGCCUUCGCCAAAGGUUCAGGUCUUGUGCAAAGCAAAUUGGAACAAUAUGUGAGGGGCGAUCACACGAGGUUCAUCUCUGCAAUACCACAGAUGAUUGCAUUAAAACAUGUACGUCCAUACCGGCAGAUGGAGGUUUGACAAAUGUUGCCUUUCGAAAAAAAGUUUUGCUAUCUUCAAGCCACAAGAUUCAUAUCGGCAGUAAAAUGGUUGACGGUAACCAGGAUACUUUUGCGCAUACAAAUGAUACGCAUAGUGAACGAAAUCCAUAUGCAUUAGUUGAUCUUAAAGACGUGUAUAGAAUAUUUCAUAUUCGUAUAGUCAAUCGUAAGGACGACUGUUGUGGCUUCAGAACUCAUGACGUCGUCAUUCAAGUCGGACUCGAGCCUUCCAGUUUAUUUACUGUUGCUCGUCAUAAGUCGGCCAUAGGUGAUGAGUGCACUUUUAGUUUCAAGCACCAAGUCAGAGGUCGUUACGUGAAAAUCAUGCUGGAAUCUACGGAGGUGUUAAAUAUCGCAGAGCUUGAAGUUUUUGCGUGACUGAUUUGAAUUGACUUUGCUAGGUAACAUAAGUGAACUGAGAUAAACAUAAGGAAACUAUCAAUAUUGACCAUCAUAGUGUUGUAUUUAUUUGUUUGUAAAGGUUUUAGAUUGAAUUUUAGAGUUCAUAGAAUUUCAAAAUAACAUAAUAAAUGACAAAUAAUAUCUAACUGUCGUGCGUGAAAGUACCAUGCAUUUUUGUACCUUGAUAUAUUUAACCCUUUCAAAACAUUUAGCAUGUAUUCAAAUACUUGCUAUAACUAACUUUAGACUAAAGUUAACUUUAAUGUAUAUUCUUUUUAUUUAGCUCAAAUGAAAAUUACGAUAUGUAAGACACCUUCUUCUGUUUUAGAAAAAAAGUCAGUAUGCAAUGUUUCUUUGAUAGAUUAUAUUUCCGAAAUGAAUCACGUUAAAUGAUAAAUCUCACAUCAUUGACAUUAAUAGCUUGUCUACUUAUUUUUAAGAGGUAAUAACGAUAUAAUAUGAGAUAAAGUAUAAUUAUAACUAUUGUUUUCUUUAUCGUAGUUGUAUUUAAAUAUACAAGCUUUGCUUUAGCACUAGCAGUCGUGAGGAAACAAUAUGUUAAAGAUUUGUGCAUUUGAAGGUUUCCAUGACUGUUUUCCUUUCAAAGACAGACUACGGUAUUUCAAUAGUGCAUGCACAUUACCAAUGUCAAUAAAACAGAUAUAAUAUAAA